UAAAGCUAACACUUAGCAUGGCAUCUGCAAGCUCUUCGCAGUCAACAUUCAGGCUGGGUCGCAGUAAGAAGAAUCCUACUGUUAUGGAUCAGAUCGGAAAGUUCUUUGGAGGGGAUAAAAAGAAGAAGGGAAAGGGGUCUUUUCGUGGUGGUUUGUCUGCAUCACCUCAAAGAUCGAGCGCAUCUCCUCGUCGCCGUCCAGAUGAGAAUGCUGUCGUGCACUUUUUCAGAACCAUUGUUUCUCCCUCUACCCCCAAAUCUAGGAGAGACCAGAAAUCACAGAGCUCCACCAAAGGCCAAAAGGGACGUGGAGACACCUUAACCCGGAUCUUCAAAAUGGGAGGGAGCCAGUCUGCUUCAUCUACCAAGCGUUGAAACCUCAAUACCUUUUUCCUAUUAAAAAAUAAAGAGGAAAACGAAUGGAAAAAAGUUCUUUUUUAAAUUUUGUUUUCUAAUACAGUAACAUUGACUUGAAAAAGCUUUUGCAUUGAUAUGUUACAACACAAUCUGUGUCUUCUGAAUUAUUCCUGUUCGGUCUCGUCAAACUUGUAUUGACAUAGUUGUGUAUAAUCUUUGAUCAUUGAAAUGGUUUCGUCUUGUCUCUGUAGUGUCAAUACUCACCUUCACACAGCUUAAGUGUAACCAGUACCUCUCUUAGCAUAUUGUGUACUAACCUCAAAUGUGUUUUCUACACCUUUUACAUGUUGAUGAACAGUCUUCUCUGUACAGUGUGAUGGGGUUUGCAAGGAGGUGGUCUGUGUGCCAAAAUGCAUAACUUAUAUUCUGACAUCCACAAUGUAGAUUCUACUUCCAACCACAAACUGUUUUUUUUAAACGUGUGUUUGGUUCCAGAGAUUUCUAAUGAAUUUGGUAACCAUAGAUUACUGCGCUUAAUUUGAAUAUGACUGAUUCUGUGCCCUUUGCUCAUCAUAGUUUGAGACUUCAUUUCUAUUCAUACAAAAACAACUGGAAAAAGGGUUCUUAUUUAAACUAAAGAAUAUUUGAUGUCUUCUGUGUUUGUUACACCUAAUUAAAAAGAGUGAAACGUU